GGGAUGCUCACGAAGGGCUCAGGGCAGAGACCUUCCCUAGGAGUGGUCAGUACCCGAUGUCCCAACCUCUUUUCCCUAAACCUCUUAUCAUGCCGGGCCAGCAUUCAACAGCCGAGCCACACGCCGCCCUCAUCGCCUCUCCGUGCUGGAGCCCCGGACCCGUCCCUCAGAUCUUCCGCUUCCGUUCGCGCACGGAGCCCAUGGACUGGCGCCGCAUGUCGGUGCUGGACGUGGACCGCGUGGCGCGGGAGAUGGACGUGAGCGCCCUGCAGGAGUUCAUCAGCGCCGUCACCUUCUGCGACGUGGCGGGGGAGCGGUGCCCACACUGCCGUGGGCCCACCGACGGCGCCCUGCUCAAGGUGCUCCGCAUGUCCCAGCUCAGCACCGAAUACCUGCUGCAUUGCCAGGGCUGCCUGAGCACGCAGGUGUCCACACUGGAAGAACAGCUGCAGGGGGCGCUCUCUCAGGCCCAGCACGCGGCGGACGAGCGAGCGCAGCUGGAGAAGGAGCUACAGGAAGUCAAGUUGGAGAACAGGCGCAGAAAGAAGAUGCUCGCCACUCAGCAGCUCCUCCUACAGGCCAGUGCCAAUAAUUACCAUAAGUGCCAGUUCUGUGAAAAAUCUUUUGUCAAUUACUCCUACCUACAAUCACAUGUUCAACGUCGGCAUCCUGAGAUCACCGAGGCAGAGCGGCAGAAGAAGAGACAGGUGGAGCAGAUGGAGGACGGGAUCGAAGAGCUGAAGGAGAAGUUGCGACUGACUCAGAGUUACCUGGCGGCUGAGCGGGAGGCCGACGCCCGGCGCAGACAGCAGGAGGCGGUGGAACAACAGAGGCGAGAGGAAGCAGAGAGGGAGAUGGUGGAGAGGUGGAAGCAAGAGGAGAGGAGAAAGUUUCAUCAAGAAAUUGAGGAGUUGCAGCAGCUGUUUCUGCAGAAGUUUAAAGAUAUGGCAAACAAGAGCUCCUCCAUAGAGGCUAAACUACAGGAGUUAGAGAGCAGAGAGACAAGCAUGCCCAAUCUAAGAAGUGAAGAUGACCACAACGAAGAGCAAAGGUGGAUCAGGGAGAAGGAACUGAAACACAAGAUGGCUCAAAAGAAAAAUGAGUGGAGGACGAAACUGGCAGAGAUGCAGAACAGACACCAGCAGGAGAAGGAGCAGCUGCGCAGUGAAAACGCCAGGCUACAGAAGGCCCUGUUUGUGGAGCAGAGCUCUAGUUCGAGUCUGAGUGCGUUGAAACAGCAGGUCACCUCACUCUCUUCUCAGCUCACACAGAAAGACAGACUGAUCAACACCCAGGACCGGAAGAUUAAGAAGCUCUCAGCCAGAUCCCUCUCAGAGCCACCUAUACAUAUUUCCCAGAAUGUUCUGGAUGCUGCAGAAGAAGAUGAUGAUGAUGAUGAUGAUGAUGAUAAUGAAGAAGAGGAGGAAGAGAGGCUGGAAGACUUGAUGGAGGCCCAGCGGAAAGUUCUGGAAUCGCUGAGAGAGAAUCCAGAUUUCGUGAAGGAAUUUAGACCCAUCAUGGAGGAGGUACUGGAAAAGAGACUGGAGAAGAUGGGACUGAGGAAGGGCACGAAGGGCAUCUCCAAGCAGACCCUGAAGAGCCUGAGCUCUGGGCUGAGUGCUCAGCGGGCGCAGGGCUCCAGCAGGCUGGCACACCUACAGGACCUGAGGGAGAACCUGGUGUUAGAGCUAAACCGCAGAGUGAGGCAGAAUCGAGGGAAGAAGAAUGGAGGGAAAUCCGUCGGCAACACACUCGCGCAGCGCCCUGCACACUCACACCGCAACACACUCACUCAGUUGAAGAAGCAGCAUGGUAGUUUAAGCAUGGAUAGGACCCCUAAACCCAGACUGAGCAGCUCCACACACUCUCCUCAGCAGACCCCUAUCCCAGCCCCACGAUGCAAAGCAUCUCCACGCGCUCACACUCCCCAAGCACACCACACGAAGAGCAGCACUCCUCCCUUCAGCUCAGAGGAGGACGUGUCAGCUGAGGACAGCGCCUACAUCACCAGCUCCCGGGGCAAGCCUUCCCCCUCCACCCAGCUCAAACCACCCACGGACCCACGGGAGCCGGGCACCGAGCUCGACUGGUCAGAUAGCGAGGCUUCCAGUGAGCCUGAGGGGCUGCUAGCCCGUCAGGCUGCUGCUACACACGGUUCGGUCGUCCAGACGUUGACGAGGAGUUUGGAAAGGCAGCUGAACGACCCGAAGGUGAAGCCCACUGGGGGGACGCGAGUGCUGCCCCCUGCCCCAAAGCCUUCACUUCGCCCGUCCAUCAUCAAACAGCAGGCGGUGUCCAUAGAGGAGAGCGAUCUGGAGCUGUCGUCCAUCGAGGAGCUCUUCCUUGCGCCCACGCCCCUGCACAGGAGCUCGGACACGGGCGGCACCUCCGGAACGAGCGUGUGGAGCACUGCGACCAGCAGGGGGCGAGGCUGGUGAGACUCUGACCUCUCUCUGUGUCUUUAACAUAGACGCACGGGGAAACGCGCUACGCUGUUCAAAUACAACCCGGAAGACCCAGAGUGUACGGUAUAAAGGGCAGCUUCCUGUGGCUUCACAAUCUGCAUUUAAUUUAUAAAGGCA